UAUCAAGAGAGCAUGGCUCACCUGGGUGAACGUAAAUGGACUCACGUGUUCCCUUUCCUGAUGGUCUCCCUGGUGUACUCUGCCAGUGCCGAAUACUCCAACUGCGGUGAGAACGAGUACUACAACCAGACCACUGGAAUGUGCCAUGACUGCCCCAAGUGCGAGCCGGGUGAAGAACCUUACAUGACAUGUGGAUAUGGCACCAAAGAUGAGGACUAUGGCUGCAUCCCCUGCCCUUCAGAGAAGUUUUCCAAAGGAGGGUACCAGAUAUGCCGACGGCACAAGGACUGCGAGGGAUUUUUUCGAGCCACGGUCAUGACGCCUGGUGACCAGGAGAAUGACGCAGAGUGUGGUCCUUGUCUCCCAGGUUACUACAUGCUGGAAAACAGACCUCGGAACAUCUACGGGAUGGUUUGCUACUCAUGCUUGCUGGCACCUCCCAACACCAAGGAAUGUGCAGGCUCUAACUCUGGCAUUUCAGCCAUUUUCCCAAGCACCUCUGGCACAAGCACUUUCUCACCUUACCAGCAUGCUCACAAAGCAGAUCUUUCAGGACAAGGACAUCUGGCUACAGCUCUUAUAAUUGCUAUGUCUACUAUCUUCAUAAUGGCUAUUGCCAUUGUCCUCAUCAUCAUGUUUUACAUUGUAAAAACAAAGCCAUCUGCUCAAGCCUGUUGCAAGAGCCACUCAGUAAAAAACGUCGAAGCUCAGGCUAACACACAAGAAGAGAAGAAAGAAGUGCAAGAUAAUGUUGUGAUAUUCUCUGAGAAAGAAGAGUUUGAAAAACUUACAGCAACUCCAGCUAAGGCUGUCAAAAGUGAAAAUGAUGCAUCUUCUGAGAAUGAACGACUUUUAAGCCGGAGCAUGGAUAGUGAUGAAGAAGCUGCAGUUGACAAGCAAGGGACUCCAGAGAGAUGCUUGUUAUCUUUAGUGCAUUUGGCCAGAGAUAAAUCUUCUACAAGCAAUAAAUCAACUGGGAUUCAAAGUCGAAGGAAAAAGAUACUUGACGUGUAUGCUAACGUAUGUGACGUUGCAGAAGGUCUGAGCCCUACAGAGCUGCCAUUUGACUGCCUGGAGAAGACCAGCCGAAUGCUCAGCUCAACCUACAACACAGAGAAAGCCAUAGUGAAAACAUGGCGUCACCUCGCCGAGAGCUUUGGGCUGAAGCGGGAUGAGAUUGGCGGCAUGACAGAUGGCAUGCAGCUGUUUGACCGCAUCAGCACGGCAGGCUACAGCAUCCCAGAACUGCUCACCAAACUGGUGCAAAUCGAGCGACUGGAUGCUGUUGAAUCCUUGUGUGCGGACAUUCUGGAGUGGGCACAAGCAAUGCCGGCUCCUGAACCAGCAGAGACAUCCUGA